CCGAAGCCGGGGCGGGGAUGGCGGCGGCGGUGAUCGUGCUGUUGCUGCUGCUGGCAGCAGCAGGGCCAGGGUUGGGGCAGGCGCGGCCGGACGCCCUGCGAGAGGAGCUGCUGCUGAGCCCGCUGCCCGCCGGCGACGUGGCUGCCACCUUCCAGUUCCGAACGCGGUGGGAUGCGGACCUGCAGCGGGGCGCGGUCUCUCACUACAGGCUGUUCCCGAAGGCGCUGGGACGGCUGGUGGCAGCACUGGGGGUACGGGAGCUCCACCUCGCCCUCACUCAGGGUUUCUGGCGCACCCGCACCUGGGGGCAGCCUCCUCUUCAAGCACCUGCUGGUGCUGAGCUCUGGGUCUGGUUCCAGCCCACCGUCACCGACAUUGACAAAGCCUGGAAAGAACUGAGUAAUAUCCUCUCAGGAAUAUUCUGUGCUUCUCUCAACUUCAUCGACUCAACCAACACUGUCACCCCAACAGCAUCCUUCAAGCCCCUGGGCUUAGGCAAUGGAACAGAUCACCAUCUCCUGCGAUACGCUGUCCUGCCCCGGGAGGUCGUCUGCACAGAGAACCUCACACCAUGGAAGAAGCUGCUCCCAUGUGGCUCGAAGGCUGGGCUCGCUGUGCUGCUGAAGGCUGAGCGCUUGUUCCACAGCAGCUACCACUCACAGGCAGUGCACAUCCGCCCCAUCUGCAGGGAUGCCUCUUGCCUGGCUGUGUCCUGGGAACUUAGACAGACCCUCACUGUGGUCUUUGACAGCUUUGCCAGUGGCCAAGGAAAGAAAGACUGGUCCCUCUUUAGGAUGUUCUCUCGGACGCUGACUGAUGCAUGUCCUCUGGCAUCACAGAGCAAAGUCUACGUUGACAUCUCUCCUAAGAACAAGGAAAAGGAGUUACUGGAAGUCACACCACCUCCAGCAUCUCUACAUGAAGCUGUUGUCCAGGGGGAGAAGAGAACCUAUGCUGUUUAUGACCUGCUGAGCUCCUCGCUCUUCAACACAUCUCGCAGCCUCAAUGUGCAGCUAAAGUGGACACGGCCCCAGGACAGCUCGGAACUGCCCACACCUGUCCUCCAUGCUCACCGCUACGUGAGUGGGUACGGGCUGCAGACUGGGGAGAUCAGCACCUUGAUCUACAACACCCACCCCUACCGUGCCUUCCCUGUCAUCCUGCUGGAGACUGUACCCUGGUACCUGCGGCUUUAUGUGCACACUCUGACUAUCAUCACCAAGGGGAAGGAAAACAAGCCAAGUUAUAUCCACUACCAGCCAGCCCAGGACCGGAGACGGCCUCACCUCUUGGAAAUGCUGAUCCAGCUGCCAGCCAACUCCAUCACCAAGAUCACAAUCCAGUUUGAGAGGGCCUUAUUGAAAUGGACAGAGUACCCACCUGACCCCAAUCAUGGCUUUUAUGUUGGUUCCUCAGUACUUAGCGCCUUGGUUCCCAGCAUCAUUGCGAUGAAGGAAGUGGACAUGGAGCAGAGCCCUCUCUUCACCUCUCUGUUUCCUUCCUCCGAUGGCUCCAGCUAUUUUGUGCGCCUGUACACGGAGCCAUUGCUGGUGAACUUGCCCACGCCAGAUUUCAGCAUGCCCUAUAACGUCAUCUGCCUGACCUGCACUGUGAUGGCCAUGGGCUAUGGCUCCUUCUACAACCUGCUGACCAGAACGUUCCACGUGGAAGAGCCGAGCCGGGGCGGGCUGGCCAAGCGGCUGGCCAACGUUAUCCGCAAACUCAGAGGGGUGCCCCCACUCUGAGAGAGACCAGGGCUGGCCAGGGGACUCCCUGAAGAGACCUACUGCAUCGUGUCUUUUUCCAGUUUGCUGCCUGGAUCUCUCUUCAGGAUCCAAUUGGCUGAGAGAUCGCUUCUAUGAGAUGGGAAAUGACUCUAAGCUCACCGACUACUGAACUGCACUGCUAUGGGACUGGGAAAGGUGUCAGACUUCUGUUUGGGAGAGGGGUAACUUAUUGCUGGGAAAGAGCCUAAAAGUAAACUCGAGAUAUUUUGUA